CGAACUACAACACUGGCCGAAAUCAAAAGGGAAAUAACAAAUAGAUCUGUUGCUAUAUUUGAGGCAAGGUCUAGUCUGGAGAAACACUUGACGGACAAGGCGACAGUUGCGACGGAACAAUCGACAGAAUCUGGUGAGUCUACGGAAUCAUGUACGCCUAAUACGCCUACAGGUGAAGGAAACAAACGUAAAGCCGAUCAAAUCCAAAGCAGUGUAUUGCAAUCAGGUGAAUUGCUGGAUACAGUUGAUCUUUUAACACUAUCCCCCGUCAGUAAACGACGUCGAAACCUAGCGCAAUUGAGGCAGGCAGCGAUGGGCGAAAAGGUGUGUAUUAGCCGGGCCUCCACAUUAGACUCAAAUGUUAUAAACGUACUCUUAAGCAGUACGUAAAUUAUAAACGUACUCUUAAUAGUGCGAGGAACUUAAGUUUCCUAAAUGGGUCUUAAUGGUUUUAUUAAUUAAUACCUUUGUAUAGAAAUUUAGUGGUUAAAAUUAUAUCUAUUGACCAACAGCUUCGUAUCGUGUAAAUAUCAAGGUAAAUAAACGAAAUGAG